AUGACAAGACCAUCACCUCUCAACCUUUCUUCAAUUAGUGAUAGGGAAAAGAUGGAUCCAUAUCCAACGAUUUCCCAACACUAUCAAAAAGGUUUAGCAGUAAGAACACCAUCAUCAGUUGCUUCAUUUAGGACUCAACAAACAAGACCUCAAUCAUCAGAUCUUCUCUCCGGAAGAGUAUCACCUUUUCUAUUACAUAAAAAAGGAGGACAGAAUGGAAGGAUGCGAGCCUCAGAAGAUAGGGCUCCAUCACCUUCUCCAUCUGCUGUAAGGGAACAAUUAAACAAAUACAAGGAAAGCACUUCCCCAAUUAUAAAGAAACAAUUCGAGGCAAAGAAUAAAUCAAUGAUGGAAAAUACAGAAGAUGAGAGCUCUAUAAGAACAAAUAAUUCGAGCUUUUUUGAUGACAAACGAAGUCUUCCUUUACUGAAAGGAAAACAAGAGAAAAAGAAAAGAAGUCAAUCACCAAAAUCAGCAAGAGGAUUUCCAACAAAUUUCGAAGACGAAUUUUCAACCGAUUAUAUGGAUACACCACGAAUAGGAAAUUUAUCAAAACCUCAAAAGUUGUUGACCUCUUAUGAUGACGAAAAGUACCAAAUCAAAAUUCUCAUUGUUAAUGACAGCUCCAGAUCAACAACAAAAUACCAACCAAAAUCUAACAUGCUUCGAGAUAUUAUGGAUCAAACUGACCUAGAUAUACCAAUGACGGACAAAAUCACAAAAACUGAAUAUGAAAAACUGGAGAGAAGAGUUUCUGAAGAAUUAGCUCAUCUAUCAACUACUCUUCUCCCUGGUCAAUUAAAGAAAUUAAAGAAGAAGAGAUUAACCGAGUUAUUAAGAUCAAGACAAACCAAAUCUGAAAAAAUGAUGCAAGGGUUAUCAAGAAUUGAUAUCCUGCUCCAAGAUUAUGAAACAGCUCAAAAUAAUAAUAGUGAAGUUGAGUUUUUAAGUGUAGAUGACAUUUCAGAUUUAGUAUUCAAAGAACAAGUGGACCGAGUUGGAGUGAUUAACCAAAGUAGAGAUAGAAUAGCGGAAGUAACAAAAGACUUGGAUCAACGAUAUAGCAGUAGGACAAAUAUUUUGAAAGGUAUUAUGAGUUGGAUUCGAUCAUAUGAUGAAGAUGGAGAUAUUCUUACGGAAGACAAAGAGGAAAUGCAAGAAAUCGAGGGAAUGCUGGAUUUUCAAAAUGAAAAUGUAUUGGAACCUUUAGGAAAUGUACAGGAAAACAUUGGUUUAACACUAGAAAGAUUGAAAUCUAUUUUUGAAGAAUAUAAAAUAAUGAGGUUCUCGUUGUUGGACUUUAAUGCAGAAACUUUUAAGGAUGAAGAGAAGAGAAAAUCAUUCCUCAAAAAAAUCACUGAAAAGUUUAAAAAGAUUGAAACUGAUAUUGGAGAUUCUAUCACUGAUUUGGAUGGGGCAAAUAGUGCUGUUGUUUCUCUCAAGACAAAAUUAAAAGAUAAGGAAAAGUUUAUAACUGCUCUUGUUGAAAGAGACAAGAGACAUGUGGAAUUCUAUGCCAAACUUAAAGAUAGGUAUAAUGAGCAACAAGGCAUGCUGAAAGGCAUUUUGAGCAGGCUUAAGCUUCCAGAAGUGAAAAAUAUUAUAGAUAUUGGAUUUAUUUUAACAGGAAGACGUGGCUUAUCAGAUGAAGAGUUGGAUUUGGAUAGUAUUGAAAGACAAAUUAAUGAAGGUUUUACUGAGGAUGAAGAGCUUCUCAAACCAAACUAUGAGAUCCUAAAGGCAACAGCUGCUUACCAAGAUAUGGAUACUUCAGAUGAUGAAGAAAUUCAACAACGUAACCGAAAGAAGAAGAAAAAGAACAACGCAGAUCUUUCAGAUUCUAGCGAUAUUGAGGAAGGGGAUACAAAGAAAACAAAAAAGAAAAAAGAUGGUACUGUUAAUGCUGAUGAAGAUUUGGAUGACGAUUUUGAUACUUCAUCUCUAGAGUUCGAUAUGGACGAUUAUGAAGAUGAAAUGAGAGAGGCAGAGACAAAGAGAACUGAUAUUAGUCAUGUUUGGAUGUUGGACAAUUGUUAUAAUUACGAGUUGGAUAAGAAGGAAUUCCCUUACAUUCCUGGUUCAGUUGAUCUUGAAAAGUUUACCCCUGCUGAAUUAAAACUCUACUUGACUGCAGAUGGUUUAUUCAAGACGGUGAAACGAAUGGAAAAUGAUAGAAUGAGAUCUCAAGACUUUGAUGCUAAUGAACUUCAAAGAUUGAUCGACAUGGAAGAAGCUCACUACAUGAAAGAGGAAGAUCAAGAACAUCAAAGUAAGAUGGCUGCUUCUGUUAUAGAAAAAUUAACUGAAGAAAUUGAUAGACUUAAGAGUAUUCUCGUAGAAAAAGGAGUUGACUCAUCUUCAUUAGUAAAUCCUGAUCUUGGUAAAACAGUUAAAGAUUUCCACGUAAUGAAAACACAACAAGAAGAGAAACAUGCAAUGUUAAGUAAGAUGUUAAAAGAAGAAUACUCAAAUCAACAUGCUCAACACUACUCAAAUCAAACUCAGAACAAUGGAAAACAACCUUCAGGAGUACAACACAAUAUUAAUUCAAGUAACUUAAAUCCUGUUACUGGCAAUAAUAACCAGGGAUCCUAUCCAACAGAUUAUGGUGGGUUUGAAGCAAAACGACCUAAUCGAGGAAGAUAUGGUUCAAUGAUUGGGCAGGCACCAGAUAAUAGGCAGGACAAUCUUGAAUUAAGAGGAAUGGAUAACGAGAGAAGGAAAUGGUUGAUGGAUAAAGAACGUGCAGAGGCAGAUCUAUUGAAAUUGAACACUGAAAUUAAGAAACUGAGGGUGGCCAAAGCAAAGAUGAAUAAGGGAGAUCCAUCUCAACAAACAGGAGAGGGUGAUGCUACAGGUAUGGGCAUCGAAGAAGGUGGCACUUCCAGUUUUGAUGUUUCUAACAUUUCAUUAUUCAAAGGGGCCACUGAAGAAUUCAAACCAACAAGCGAAAUUCUUCGAGAAAUUGAAGACAUUUACGAUUCAGACGAGCUAAAAUACAUAAUUAACAUUAUUCUUAUGGAGGCUGAUAGAUUGAUAGAUUAUAUUUACUAUAUGCACAAGAAGAUUAGAAAAUUCCUCUCUUUCUUGAACUUCUUCACAAAUAUGAAAGGACCGAAUAAUUCUAAAUACUCUGAGGAAGAGUUCUUGGCAGAUUGGAUUAAUCUAAACAAGAAGAUUGACAAGAGUAUAAAGGCUAAAAAGUCAAAGAAUGGAGCUGAAUCUCCUUGCAACUCUCCAAGAUCAAGUCCAAUAUCUCCAAAGAGAAGAGGUGCUGGUGUUUCUCACAGGGAGGCCGUCAGAGAUCAGCUGAACUUCUUAAUUGAAGAAACAGAGGACGAAAGCAAAACAAAGAGAAACCCAUCUAAAUUGAGUAAAUCCAUUACUGCGUUAAUGAUGAAGAUUUAUAAUACAGUGAAGCAGUACAGAUAUAAGGUUAAGGUUAAGGGUUUGGAAGAAUCCUCUCACGGCUCAAAUUCACCAGUUAAGAGAGACAGAAACUACAAAAGUGCUUCCCAACCAUUUGUUCCAAAGCCUCCAAAAGAAUCGAGACCAGCCCAAAUCAAAGUAUCCGCAAUGACAAGAAUGUUGAAACAUCAAGAAGAAGCCAAGAAAAGAUGGGAAGAAAAGAAGAUGAGAAUUCUGCAAGAGGAGUUGGCAAAAGGUCAAAUGUUUUACAAUGUCAAAACUUCAGGAACUGGUGCUCAGCAAAUCCAGAAGCACUUGUACCAGUUAUGGCAAAUGAUGGGAAAACACCAAGAAAUAUAA